AUGGGAGAGCAGCAGCUAGGGGGGCAGCCGGGGGUGACCCGAGCACCCCAGGGCGAGCAGCAGGCAGGGGAGCAGCCGGAGGUGCCCGGAGCACCCCAGGGAGUGCAGCAGGCAGGAGGGCAGCCGAGGGUGCCCGGGGCACCCCAGGGAGAGCAGCAGGCAGGAGGGCAGCCGAGGGUGCCCGGUGCACCCCAGGGAGAGCACCAGGCAGGAGGGCAGCCGGGGGUGCCCAGGGCACCCCAGGGAGAGCAGCAGCUAGGGGGGCAGCCGGGGGUGACCCGAGCAUCCCAGGGCGAGCAGCAGGCAGGGGAGCAGCCGGAGGUGCCCGGGGCACCCCAGGGAGUGCAGCAGGCAGGAGGGCAGCCGAGGGUGCCCGGGGAACCCCAGGGAGCGCAGCAGGCAGGAGGGCAGCCGAGGGUGCCUCGGGCAACCCAGGGAGUGCAGCAGGCAGGAGGGCAGCCGAGGGUGCCCGGGAAACCCCAGGGAGCGCAGGAGGCAGGAGGGCAGCCGAGGGUGCCCGGGGCACUCCAGGGAGAGCAGCAGGCAGGGGGGCAGCCGGAGGUGACCGGGGCACCCCAGGGAGCGCGGCAGCCAGGGGGGCAGCCGAGGGUGCCCUGGGCACCCCAAGGGACGCAGCAAGCAGGGGGGCGAUCGAUGGACGACCAGGAGCAGCAGUUGGAGGAGUGGUGUCGACUUUUGGAGUUUGAUACCCCCAUGGCGACUGCGGAGGAGUCCGAGGCGGACGGCGAAUCUCCCAGGCCGCCUUCCCCAUGCCCCUGUUUUCCGUGUGACACGUGUUUCCAUACUUUCGCUACGCGAGGGGCCGCUGCGAACCACAUGAGGGUAUGCCGGGCGGCUGAGGCGGAGAGGCGUGCACAGGCUCUCGGCUCGAUUCCGUCUCUGGUGGAGACCGACACGCAGGAGCGACCGGCGCCGCGGGAGUUUGGGGACGAGGCGUGGGCUGGGGUCACGUCAUGGGAAUGGGAAACAUUUUUCAGUGUGGAGGCGGUUGGAGGGAGGACAGUGCGCCGGAUUCCACAGCGGGCCAGGUCGGGGGCUUUAGACGCGCUCUGUUGUAUCCUAAAGCGCUUGAAGAGCCAACCGGGGGAUGAAGCCGCUACCCUCCUACUCUUGGCGUUUCCGCGCCUCAUCCUGGCCGUGCCUCCCAAGCCAGGCAUAGGUCAGAAGGCGCAGAUCACAGAGCGGCUGGGUGCGUUCUGGGAGGGGAGGUGGCGGGAGCUAUUCGACUCUGCCAUGGUGGCAGCGCGGCCAGCAGUUCGCCCACUUUCCUACACUUGCUCUGACGAGGACCCGGACGCCAUCCGCCUAUCACGGUGCCGAUCUCGGUGCAAAGUGGGGGGAGUGGAGCCGUGGUUUGGCCUGCCUUACAGCAGGGGAGUUGGCUCGACCGUCUGA